AUCUGGGACUCUGUAUUAAUUUCAUUAAUCUCCGUUUAAAGGAUUAGGGAUAAGGAUAUGGAACUUCUAAACGGUCGAGUGUUCAAGUAUCAGUUUCGUCGAAUUAAAUAAUAUAAACGGAAAAAAGUGUUUCAGGCUCUUCCGACUUUCAUGACAUCUUGUUUAAGAACUCAAAUUGAUCUGAAAAGCUCAGUGCACAAAGAACGUAAAGAAGAAGUACUUCUUUUUAAAGGUGGCAAUCAGGCCGUUUAAUCAAGAUGGCAAGACCAAUUCUCAGCAGGCCGCGUACGCGUGUCUAUGGUUGCAACUACGAUAAAGGGGAAUCGUAUUAUAAACCGAUGGUUGAUCAUCUAGACCGGAAAUACAGUGGACGUCCACUCUUCCCUGAACCCAGAACUUCGUUAGCCGACGAGAUCGCGGCCAGCCGAAACGACCUCGGCUCGCGUGACCUCUCUGGUCCUCGCUCCAAUACCCUGAACCGUGACCUUGACCUUGAGAUAGACCCUCUGAUCCGCAAUCCGCAGUUACCGUCCAUCUCCAACGACCCUCUGUUCGACGAAAACGAGGAGAUCGUCUACGACAGCCGUGGGCAACGCAGUCGGCGUCGUCUCGCUGAAAAUUUCGUCAACGACGUAACCGCGACCACGCAGCACCUCAAAGCGAAAUUAGCUGCGAUCGGAUUAGAUGAAGAGGUCGACGCUGCGUUGACUAAGCCGUUACGGCGCCUGCAACGCCAGGAACAGGACACACUGGACAGCGGUCUGUUCUCCGCGAGGAAAGAUGUGAAAGAGAUGAUGAAGUCGACGUUCGAGGACGCAGAAGCAGCCAGCUACAAGAGACGCUCCAAGAUCAUCGACGACGUGGACCUCGUGGGCGAGAAACCGAUGUUAAUGAAGUGGACCAAGCUGAUCAACGAAGAGGACACGUUGCCUAGCGCGGCCGCGACCAGAGCCAGACAGACCAAAGCACGUCUGAACGAUUUAGAAUCCGAAAUGGAGGAACUGUCCGAAAGACAAGCGAAAAGAGAGCGCAGGGCGGCCGCGCUUAGAGCGCUGAUCAACGAAACUGCGGCUGAAAACGAGAGCAUUCAGGAACAAUCGUCUCUCCUUAGUAAGAAGGUUUCGAUUCGCGAGCGCUCGGAGAAACACGUCACUUUUUAAAUGUUUCCGUGAUAGAUGAAAGACUUUUGUUUCUAAUAUUAUUGAUACUUGAUGGGAAUCAAAUUCGGGUUAGAGUUUGUUGAUGGAAGUUUUGAUUCUUGUAAAUGGAAUAUGUACCGGGGAUUUAAAGUCGCAGAAACGACGUGGUAUAAUUGUUUGGAAACUACUACUCGUUAUAUGGACGUAUCGUGGAUGGUAUUUUGAAGGGAAGAGAAAUUAUUGACGAACGAAAUCAGUGUCAACAAUGAGAACAGCUAUAACAUAGAGGAAUAUGAUAACAGCUGUAAUAUUUGUAUGUAUAAGGAAAUCUUUACGAACUCUACAGUGCAAUUUCCAUUUGGAGUGAAACUACUAUAAUGAUCAUAAUUUCGAUAGUGUUUGAUUUGUAUGAAGUAACAAUAAUAUUAAACGAAGUCGACAAAUCGAUCUUCUGUGUCAUAAAGGAUGAUCUAUGAGAAUUGAUAUUUUAUUUAUCUUACCUUAACAUUUCGAGAAGUUCAUAUUACUUAAAUGGUGAUCCCAUAUUUGUACUUAUAUCAUUUCAAUAUUCGAUUAAUUAUUUUUUUAUCAUUUACGAUCGAUGCAUUAUCAGAAGCAAACAGUUCGAUCUACGUAUUUACGUGACAAAGAUAUUUGUAUAAGAUUGUUUCAUGUAGUAGAAAUACAUCAGCAGUGCCAUAAAAAAUACGAUUCGACGCAAUUGCUCAUUUUAUACCCAGAAGUGUUUGCAAACGAUUAUCUAGUCAUAUACUUUUUUCCCUUAUGAGAAAGUAUUAUUAUAACAAAUGUUAGAUAUAAAUGUGUCACUGUGCAUAAUGUCUGUAGACUUAUCAUUUAAAAUUAGGAGAUUAUUAUUAUUAUUAUUAUUAUUAUUAUAAGUGACAUGGUAUGUAUUAGGCGAAAUUUGAAUAUUUAUUUUCAAAGAGA